AUGGACGCUGUGCGGAUAUCUGACAAUAAACCUGUGAUGCUCAAAGCAGUAUCACGAAUAAUCCAUCCACAAGAAGUUAAGAUUGGCAUGUAUUUCUCCGACAAAUCUAUUGCUUCAGAUCCUCGCAACCACUGUAUCCCUAUCUACGACGUCUUUCCGGUACCAGACAGUGAAAUGGACUUGAUUGUUAUGCCAGUUUUAAGGCCAUUUGAGAACCCACAAUUCGACACCGUGGGGGAAGUCAUUGCAUUCAUACAACAAUUACUCGAAGGUAUCCAAUUUAUGCAUGAACAUCUUGUUGCCCAUGGCGACUGCACAGAGAUGAACAUCAUGAUGGAUGGCUCCCGAAUGUAUCCCAAAGGCUGGAAUACUCUACGUCCCUGGCAGGCAAGAGAAGACCCAUUUCGCGCAGCUAAGCGUGCUGGGUUUCGAAUGCAAUUUUGGCCGAAAUACUAUCUGAUCGAUUUUGGCCUUUCUCAUAUGUACAGUAGCAAAAGUACAGUCCCCCCAUUGGAAAGAAUAUUGAGGGGAGGUGACAAGUCAGCACCUGAACAUGCACCAAAGUACAAACGUGCCAAUCCUUUCUCGACUGAUAUAUACUACAUUGGUAACCUCAUGCGCGCAAACUUUACAGAGCGCAGAAAUUCCAGUCUUUGUGGACGAUUUUCUUUUUUGAAACCGCUCGUCGGCUCUAUGGUCCAAGACGACCCAGUCAAACGACCCACAAUCGACGACGUUGUCAUGCAAUUUGAUGCUGUUCUCCGAAAGAAUCGAAGACAUCUCAACUUUCGCGCAGCGGCAUGCGACCUGCAACACUUCCAAUUUGCUGAUCAAAUCCCUGCACUUUUUCGACGAUCUACAAAGUACUUUGUUAUGAGACGUUCGUUACCUGUCUUGCCACACCCUGAAAGGCAUCUGUCACCUGAACUACACUGGAUGUAUUCGAGCCCCCCGACAACGUACCCAGAAGGUCAGGAGCGUCCUACAUUUUUGUAUGUACAUGAUUUGGAUGACGAUACCUAA